GGGAGUGCUUUAGCUUAUCACUGCUAGCUGCUAAUUGCUAAUCUUCCAACGAUGUUUAUUUGCAGGGGAACAACCGUUAGUCAGUUUCAAGUGAGCAAAUAAAAAAAUGUGUGCUGAAGGGGAUUUUUUUUUUAAUUCAGCUGCCAACAGUUUUUAGAAUAUCCUGUUUUCUUUAUUUCUCCAAACAUGAUGCUUUGGAGUCAGGAGUGGGUGGACUGAAGGUUAAGUGUUGAAACUGAGAUUCAGUGCAUUUGAGAUGGAGAGACUUGAGCAACUGACUGUCUCUUUGCUGCUCCAAGCUGUCUUAAUUUUCCAGUAAAAGACGGAAGCUUUGCUACACCACGCUGCACUGUUACCUUUUAACAUGAAUGACAGCCCAUUUACUCAAUUGUUUCGUGGAAAAGUCUAUCAGCUGGUCAAGUACCUACUGGAGUUAAAACAGAAUAUUGCAAGGCAAUGUGUGCUAGAAGCCAUCUUGAAGGAACAUAAUAUCUCCAAUUGGUCCUGGGAAUUCUGGUCUCUAUCCACACAAAGUGAAGAGGGAGCAUUGGAAAUGCCACUGACAACCUCGAGAUAACACAGAAGACCCGCAUGAGAGUCAAAAGGAAUAUACCUCAUCAUAAGCUAGAAUAUGCACCACCCACCCACCCUACCAGAAAAAUCAGUGGUUCUCACGUUGACCUCAAUAACCGUCUCAGAAAACCACAAAACCAAAGUAGAAGACACACUACCUGUUCUGUGAAACCUCUGUGUGUUUGCCUCCGUAACCCCUCCUGAUGGCGAAUCUUGUUGCUUCUGCCUACUGUGUGGUGCUGGUGAUUCUGCUGGUGCGUACUCGAAGCCACAGCGGGCCGGAUGGACGAAAAUACUACAAACGGAUUGGAACCAAUGUAACCCUGCCGUGCGAGACUUCUGACAGCCAUACUCCAGUGCAAUGGAGAUUUAAUGGACAUGCAAUAAUCCACAAUGAAGGUCACCUUCUUCAAGGCACCAACCUCACCCUCAUAAACCUAGAUUCAUCACACAGUGGGACCUACAGCUGCCAUGAAAAGCACAGUGGAAGCUUGAAGAAUCAAAUAACUAUUCAAGUUGGAAACUCUCCGGGACAACCCAAUGUGGUCUGCAGAUCAAAUGCCUACCCUGACAUGUUCUACUGUACAUGGCAGUUGGCAAGCCCAACUUACAUCCCGACCGAAUUUGACAUCUCCGUAAGGCAUGGAGAUAAGGAAAUUGAGAGCAUUAAGGGAGCCAACCAUAAGAACAGGUGCAACAUAAGAUUUCCUGAAAUGUUUUCUACAAGCAAGUACACAGUGACAGUAACAGCAAGGAAUGCACUGGGCUCCAACUCUUCAACCAUUUCAUUUAAUGAAAUUUCCAUAGUGAAACCAGAUCCUCCAGAGAUAAUUGAAGUAAAUACAAUUCCUAAAUCUCCAAGCAGACUGGAAGUCAAAUGGAGAAAUCCACAGUCAUGGCCUGAGCCCGAUACUAUGCCCCUCAAGUACUUCCUGAGGUACAAGCCUGUCAUUCUGAAUGACUGGCAGCAUGUCGAGGUGACUGAUGUUCCAUUUCAUACAAUCACUGAUGCGUAUGAAGGGAAAGAGCACAUUAUACAAGUUGCUGCUAAGGACAGUGAGAUUGGGACCUGGAGUGAGUGGAGUAAGGCUGUACACGCAACACCAUGGACUGCAUUGGCAUCCGAUUACAAGCCUGAAGAAAAUAUUAACAAUGUUUCAGACAUCUUAACCAGCACAACUCCAAGCGUUAGUGCCAACCGACAAAACAACUCUCCGAAAGUGGAAUUGUCCAUGAUCUUGUUCCUCGGCAUGCUCAUGGUUUUAUUUAUCUGACCGUUACUUUGUGUAUCUGUAGUAAAAGACAAAAGCAGUUAUGAGAAUCCGUGCUUUUUAUUUUGCACAUGUGAUGGAUCCAAUGCAUCUCCCUUUUCAACGUGAUUCCCAAAAAUAACUCCUCGGAAUGCGAAGCUCAGAUCCUUGUGAAAGUUCACAGAACACGGACACAUUAACAGAAGGAAAGCAAAAACAUGGAUCUCGACUGGACACACCAUCACGCUGAAGUAUUUUCUUUGAAGGGCAAAAAUGAAUACCAUUUAAUCUUGCAUCUGGUGAGGGAAAUAUUUUCCAAAAAAAAAUGAAUGUGAACAAAACCAAUCACAUACAGCUAAAUCAUCAUGCCAAAGACACCGUGAUCUCCAUGACCUUUUUCCACAAUGCUCUGCUUUCCGAAAUACAUGCAUCUGUUUAGUGAGGGCAGUUGCCAAUAGAUGAUGGUUUACUGUUCGUGACAGCACUGUGAAAUUUUGAGUGUGAGAAUUGUGGUCAGUAGGUUUAUUACAAUUGGUUUGAAACAAUGUUUUGUACUUAUGGCUGAUAUCAAAUGAUGGGAUGUCUUGCUCCACUAUGAACAUUAUGCCCUAAAUUGCCUGUGACGGACUGCAUUGUUUUUUUUUUACUGGAAGACAUUUGUAUGCUAUUCAGUUAUGACAAUAGAAGAUUCUGUUGUGUUUUAAAAAAGCACAUAUCUUGAUUAUUAUCUUUCCUUAAAUAACAAUUAAAAAGAACAAAAACAUAAAAGGGAUCAAUUUAACUUUUCACAUACUGUCCAAGAGUGCCACCUACAUAAACUUGACGCAGUUAAAUUUAGUUGUGCAGGGAAAAUGAUAGGUUCUCUGCUACCUUUCAAUUACCAUGGAAUUAACUUUUAUUGAAAUCAGUAGCUCAGUCCUCAAAUUUCUUCUUUAAAGAAGUUAACAAUUUAUCGUUAAAAUUCAAAAAUGACUUACUUAACAAGUAGUGUUUAAGUGUUAGAAUUAGACCAUUGUAAGUAUUAGAAUCAGAUUUUUUUUUUGAUUAAAACAAAAUAACACUUGUUAGAAAAGGGUCAUUUAACAAAGGUGUGUUCUUGAAUAUAAAAUAAUUUGUUUUAUUGCCAAGGUUCUGUGUGUAGUUAGUACCUAUUACUAUGCUCGCUACACCCAUUUGAAAUGGCAUGAUAAAUGCACUUAUCAAAUCUCAUUUCUGUCCAGUCAAAAUCAAGUUCAACAACAUUUAUUUAAUAAUAUUUUAUAAUUAUACAAAUCAAGUCCAAUUUUAAAUUACAUAAUUAAUGGAAGCUUUGAGCCAUGCGUUAUUUCGAAAAGUGUGCAGUGGCCUAUAAAUUGGAUUGCGAGUACUGUGUUUUGCAUUACGGUACAAUUAAUUUGUAAAGGCUCAAUAUGUAAAUUGUGUCUUUCUACAUGAACCAUGCAAUUUGCAUCAUGUGUAAGGCGUUUCCGAGUGCAUAACACGUUAAUAAAUGUAAGAUGGUUGAUUCAUAGUGUAGGCAUUAGAUGACAUUAUCCAUUGUGAAAUGCUCAUUAUAAGCAUUGGAGCAGAAAUUGGAUUACGCAUUUCGUGUUGAGAUGCGUUCUUGGGCAAUCACUUGAACCAUACAUUCAUAGUGCUAGGAAGAAACUGCAGAUGUUGGUUUAAACCGAAGAUAGACACAAAAUGCUGGAGUAACGCAGCGGGACAGGCAGCAUCUCUGGAGAGAAGGAAUGGGUGACGUUUUGGAUCGAGACCCUUCUUCAGUCUGAAGAAAUAUCACCCAUUCCUUCUCUCCAGAGAUGCUGCCUGACCCGCUGGGUUACUCCAGCUUUUUGUGUCUAUCUUCAUUCAUAGUUCUAAAUGUGUUGCAAUUAUAUGAUUUAAAGUACUUCUUGGUCUUUUCAUAUUUGCUGCACUUUGAAAACUGCCAGUAGGAGGCCACUUGAUCCUGUGCAGCGACUUUGGGUAAGGCCCAUUGCUAUUUCACUAAUCAUCGGGUCUUCACACUAUACAGCAUGGAGAGACCCUUGGUACAACUUGUUCAUGUUCAACCAAGUUGACAUCCUGGGGUCCCAUUUGGCGCUGAGGCUGAAGAACCCUUCCUAAUCAUAUAUCUGCCCAAAUGUCUUUUGAAAAUCAAUUUUAUUUGUGUUUAUAGCUUCAUCUGGCAGCUCAUUACAGAUACAGACUACCAUCUGAGCCUCAAAAGUCUGUCUUAAAUCACUCCCCUCUCACCUAAGCCUGUGUCCCUUUAACAUUCUCUCUCCUGGACAAACCACUGUGGGUGUUCACUUUAGCCAUGCCCCUGAUGAUCUUGUACACCUCUCUGCCACCUACGUUCCAAAGAAAACUGUCAGAGUCUAUCCAACCUCUCUCCAUAACACAAGCCUGCAUGCGUUGAAUCUCUUCUGCUUUCUUUCCAAUUAAGUGACAUCCUUCCUAUAGCUGGACAACCAGAACUGCACACAAUACUCCAAGUGUGGUCUCACCAAUAACCGGUGCAGCUGCAACAUGAUGUGCUAACCUUUGCACUCAGUACCCUUCCAUAUGAAGACCAGCAUGUCAAGCACCUUUUUCUGGGGACCUCUGAGUUCUACCCACAUAGCCUCACAGGACAAUUCCCCCAAAAUAUCUUCUUUGAGCUUUGUCGUCAUGCCCACCCUAAUCAGAAAAGCAACUCCCCCCCCCCCCCCCCACUCUCUAACCUAUUUUUCUAUCACACCUAUAGCAUUUAUAACCAAAGAGAUCUAUUGGACAGGCAUUUCUGAUUAUGGGCCAAGAGAGAAGGGGGGCGGAGAAAGGUCUUUGUCUUAAAGAGGGUACAAUGUUCUUACAACUCUCCAAAGAGCAAUGCGUAAGGCUACUGGUUAUUUUUUUAUAUCAGUGGUAACUGAGCUGUAACUGUAGGUAGGCUGAGCUCCAUUCAUGGACCUCUGCUUGAACGUCUCUGCCUAAAAGGUGAAGAUCACUGUCAUCAUUAACUUCCUAAUCUUCAGAUCACUUCAGACAGUAGCAGUGGACCAUAUAGUGCUGUAUCUUUAGGGGGUUCACUGAUAAUGCUUUUCGAGUUAGCGAGACCCAUUUUCCUUGGCAGAGAUCAUUAGGCAGAGUGUCCAUGAGGGUAUGCGAGGAUUUUGGGGUUCGUGCCUGGGUAGUGAUAGACUUCACUCAUGUUGGUCUUCAGGUUCUCAUCGCUCUUCAUGAAUUGGAAGGGUACUCACAUCAUGAACGUCAUCAGCAUCCCAUAUAUCCAGUUUAUAUUAACAACAAUAAACGUGUUGCCUUGCUGACUACACAGCAGGAGGGAAUCUAGAAAUUUUUUUUUAGCACAGCUGAAAAACUGAUAAUUCUGGGGCUUACCAACUAAAUGUUACCAUAUUAAGCACUAAGUAAACUCUACAUAAAUCAAGGCUACAAAGCCUUAUCAUGAAAGGAAAUGAAUAAAAGGAAUGGUGAUAAUUUGAAGAGUAUAUUGAACAUCCUCAACCAUCCUGAUGUUUUCUGUCUAAAAUCACUUCUAAGUUCAUAUCAUUAUUUUCCUGCAUAAGAGCCAAUGAUGAAGACUGCUUAUUCUAUUAAUACAUUGCCAGGUGUGAGAUGACGUUUAGUGAUUUAGGUUUAGAUUUAUUAUUGUCACAUCUACCGAUGUACAAUGAAAAUCUUUGUUUUGCAUAUUUUCCAAACAGAUUAAAUGUCCCAUUCAUAGACACAAUCAAGUCAAACAGUACAUAGAACAAACAAGAAGAAACAGAGUGCAGAAUAUAGUUCUCUGCAUUGUAGUGCAUCAGUUCCAUCGAUAAAGACAAAUGGCACCCCCUUAACAGAAAUAAACUGUUGACCUUGGAAGAUACUCUGAAGAAAUGCAUUCAGUUUAAUGUGAUUAUGUAUACUGCCCAUUUCAUUCAAACGGCUUUGAUACUCUAGGCUAGUUCAGUUCAGUUUAGUUUAUUAUCAAGUGGGCUGAGGUACAGUGAAAAGCUUUUGUUACGUGCCAACCAGUCAGCAGAAAGACUAUACAUGAUUACAAUUGAGCCAUUUACAGUGUGUAGAUUCAUGAUAAGGGAAUAAAGUUUAGUGCAAGGUAAAGCCAGUAAAGCCCGAUCUAAGAUAGUCCGAUGGUCACUAAGAUCAUAGUUCAGGAUUGCUCUCUGGAUGUGGUAGGAUGAUUUAGUUGCCUGAGAACAGCUGGGAAGAAACUGUCCCUGAAUCUGGAGGCAUGUGUUUUCAGUUUCACAUUCGCGCAGUUAUGAAUGAUGACGCAGCCUUCAGAAUACCUUCAUAUCUAAAACUCCUUUCCAUUAUUGUCUGCAUUCGGCUUCAAAAAGUCUCACUGAUGAGGUAAUAUAAUGAGAUCACAGUAUCACACACUUCUCAGGGGCCUAAAGAUUCCACUUCCAACAUAAUACUUUCAGAAAGAAUAGACACACUUAAUUAAUUAGACAUUAUGAGUAAUCGCUAAGUCCCUUCUAAUGUCUAAAAUGCAACUGAUCUAUGCAGCAAAUACUUCCACCUUGCAUCAUUGAGAAUCUUUCUAUAUAUGCUGCAUUCCAAUGGCUAUUAAUCUGGGUUUGCCAUAGCAACUGAUGUAUGACCUUCCCUUCUGGUAGUAAGGUGUAUCAAUCCCCCUAUGUCUUUGACCAUUGCUGCCGUGGUGUCGACUGUCCCUCCACUUAAAACGAUGCGUUUCACGUAACCUGCUCAAGCCCCUUGAUACCAGUUCUGAAUGGCCAUUAAGUGGAGUCAACCACAAGAGAGCAAAGUCUUCUCAACCUUUUCCUCCUCUUCUCCAUUGGCUGGAGGAUCUAGAGGAAGGUUCCAGUGGAGAGGUGGCGAUGGAGUUGGUCUCUCCUGUGGCUAAGCAUUUAUAACGUUGUGGUUGUGUAGUUAUCUGAAGGAAUUAAGAGGAGGGUUCAGCAAACAUGCAUAUUAACAAAAACUGAAUAGUUACUUUGAAGACGGGAGGAGACCUCAGAAAUCUUCUGUAAACUUGCAUAAACUUCUUUAGCCAGAGGGUGGUGAAUCUGUGGAAUUCAUUGCCACAGACAGCUGUGUAGGCCAAGUUAUCGAGUAUUUUUUAAGCGGAGAUUGACAGAUUCAUGAUUAUUGUGUCAAAGGUUACAGGGAGAAGGCAAUAGAACGGGGUUGAGAUGGAAAGAUAGAUCAGCCAUGAUUGAAUGGCAGAGUAGAAUUCAUACCACCUUGACAUUCCCGAGCCUUUCAGGGUUGAUGUCCUGUAGGAUCCCUAUUUCCAUUAAAAGGAGAACCCCCUUCUCCAUCCUGCUGUGUACAAGGAAUGGAAAUGUCCAUCUACUCAUUGCCUUAGGCUAUCUUAUCUGACAAUAGAACAAGUUAAUUUAAAUGUGAAUUUUUUUUUUUUCAUAUUGUAGAUGUUACCACUGAUGCAGAGCUGGAUGAGUCAGUCGAACCAUUAAGUAGUGUAUUAGGGUAGCAGGACUCAAAAGUAACAGUGAAAUAGGCAUGUAGGUCGACAUGUGUGCACGCAUACUUCUAUAUAUCGAGUCAUGAAGCAGCUACAACUUCAAGGCUGCUUCUGAGAGUUACAGUUUUCAGUGAAAGACACAUACUUUGGCACGAUAAAAAAAAAGUGAUUGAAUUUCUGCCUGCCGUGCUCCUAUGCAGCAAUCGCUUCCCUCUUUGGUAGACACAAGCUUAUUUUGGUGCAACGCACCUGAUGCUUCCACAUUGUGCACAGGGCUGCAAGCAAAAGAUAAGUCUGUUCAAUGAACUUUAUGGAAUUUUCUUGUCGCCAGAAACGUGGAGACUGCCUAGAGGCUUGAUGAAAAUUAGGAGAUGAAUGAAUCAAAGUAUGAGGGGUGAUCUUAUAGAGGUGUAUAAGAUCAUGAGAGGCAUAGAUUGGGUAGAUGCACAGAGUGUCUUGCCCAUAGUAGGGGAAUUGAGGACUAGGAGACAUAGGUUUAAGGUGAAGGGGAAAAGAUUUAAUGGGAAUCUGAGGGGUAACUUUUUCACACAAAGGAUGGUGGGCGUAUGGAACAAGCUGCCAGAGGAGGUAGUUGAGGCUGGGACUAUCCCAACAUUUAAGAAACAGUUAGACUGGUGUAUGGAUAGGACAGGUUUGGAGGGAUAUGGACCAAAUCUAGGCAGGUGGGACCAGUGUCGCUGGGACAUGUUGGCCGGUGUGGGUAAGUUGGGCUGAGGGGCUUGUUUCCACCCUGUAUCACUCUAUGAUUGCAUGAUAUCGAUCAUCAUGAAGUGUAAAUUAACAGAAGAAUGAAUUGUUGCAUGUUCAAAAUAAACAUGGGUGUUUUCAGGUGAUAAAAUUAGUGUAUGAACGAAUCAAUCUGUGCUUAGUAUUGAUCCACUAAUUGUUAUGAACCAUGUAUUAAAAGGCAAAAUAAAGUAUUGUGUGCUCAGCCUGCACAUAGAAACUUUCACAGCAAUCUUGAUAAACAAAGCCUCUGUGGCACCAGCAUGAAUAGGUGCAGGUUAAUAACUCAGCACAGAUUUGAUACACCUGUUUAGGAAUGAUCCAAUUUCUAGGCCAAUGUUUCCUGGGCAUUUGUCAGUCAAAUGUGGACUACUGUAAACACAGUGAGAUAUCCAUUACAACUUUUCUCCUCAAGGCUUAAGAAAGUAAAGACUUGGAUAGUUUCCUGCUUUAAGAUUUAGUUGAUAUGCCAAACAAUAUUUUGCCACCCAAACAAAGAUAUGGUCACGUUUAUUGAAGCUUCAUUAAAAAGAUACCAUUGCUUUUUACACUGGUUAGAAAUAUCUUUUAAUUUACUCUCUGAUAUUAGAAGUAAGAGAUUUCUCCAUUUGUCUGUCUUGUAAUGACUGUUUGAAGGUAAACUAGAACUACCUGCUUGAAGACUUAUUGAAAGUUACGGUGAGACUGGCUACCUCUGCAUCUAAACCACGUGGCAAGUUCUUUCUACAUUGUUAGACUACAUUUAUCACUGUUCCUAUAUUCUAUGGAGCCUUGGUAAGGUUUAUUCUCUGGUACCAAAGGGGAAAUCACUUUUAACAGGGAUUUAUUCUCAUUAAUGAUUAUUGGCAUUAUAUUUAUUAAAGCUUAGUCUACUUCCUUCCCAUGAAUUGUAUUAUGAUUGUAAUCUGCUGCAUGUGGUUUAAUAUUUAUCACAGAUAUUUCUGGUGUAAGAUAUUGCCUUAUGAACCGAUGAAAUGGAUACUUCCGAAUAUUGUAUUAAAAGAACAGUAUUAAGUGAUGAUUGCAUUUCAAGUUAUUAACCCAGUUAUCCCCAUUGUCCUAAUUGUGGCAGCCGCUACAUUUCAUGCUACUACCACAUCUGGUGCAAUCUACUGUGGCAAUACUUUAUUCAGUCAUAAAGAACGUGCCCAUCAUUUCAGACCUGUUGGAGUAAUUUUUAAAACAAAUUAAUAGAAAAGAUUCCACUGUGUGUACUUUCUCCCUUUCGUAUGAAUAACUACAUCUUAUGUGAACAAUCUAAAACACUAGUGUUUGUGCUUAACAUGUUUUCUCUGAGAAUACUUAUUACUAGUGUCCAUGUUAUCCAGCUUUUAUUGUAUUCCAUGUAUCAUUUUUGAACAGUAAAGUUGAGUUUUUGGACCUA